UAUCCUUCCACCUGCAGUCCAGGGUUCCAAUUUUCCUCUUUUUGAUCCCUCCUGAGACGGCAUCAUGAGUCUUCACGUUUCUCUCGGCCUUGUGGCCCUUGCUCUUUCGGGCACCUCCUCCGCUCUUAUUGGAUACGGCGUAUCUAAAUACGACCCACUUUGUGCACACUCCUGCCAACAAUCCUUCAAAUCAACUUUGUUGACCUGUAGUUCACGCAAAACUGGUGAAGGGGACCAUGACAGUGUUAAGACCACAGCCAAGUGUCGCUCUACAAACACACCAUGGCUUACUACACUUGCUUACUGCAUGAACUCGACCUGCGCCAACUACAGUGUGGAGCCCUGGCAAUUGGAGAAGUUUUGGACAGCCAAGUGCACUGGGGAUCCAAAGGUUCACCCAAAAUGGACGUACGGAGAGGCUUUAACGAAAAUAGAGAUAGGGGCAAAGUUCCCAACUGUCGGGGCAGAGAAGAAUAAGAUGCUGAAUUCCACGGCUCAAGUGGACCGCGAUACAUGGGAGGGAUAUAUGGAAACACUCGGUCAAAUUGAGCGCUCUGAGACCAUUGCUGCAAGAAAUGGUAUUAUUCUCCUCGUCAUUGGAUUCGGUACUCCGAUCUUCUUCACACUCUUCGGAUAUCUUCCCUAUAUGUCUGGCUUGCUAGACAAGCUUAAACCUCGACUCAUCUAUCCAGCCUUCUUAGGAAAUUACCAUGUGCGGGCCCUUCCUUUCGCUCUUGGGAAUGCUCCCACAACUGGACAAGCUCUUUACGUCGCGAUGUUCAUUUCGGUGAACAUUAUCCUCACCGCCGUCGGAUAUCAGUCAAGACAGCCGAAUAUGAAAUUUUCGAACCGCUGGGAAGAAAUCGUCGACUAUGUUGCUUGUCGCACGGGUAUCCUUGCCUGUGCGCUCGCACCACUUGUCAUUUUGUUCGCCAGUCGCAACAAUAUCUUACUUUGGGUCACCAACUGGAGUCACUCUACAUAUAUGACACUACACCGCUGGGUUGCUCGCAUAUUCGCCGUUCAGGCCAUCUUGCAUUCCAUUCUGGAACUGGUUCUUCAUCAGGCCACAGGGGAAGCAGCAGCCGAGAUGAAGGAAUUGUACUGGAUCUGGGGCAUCGUUGCUACAGUGAGUAUUAGUAUCAUGAUGGUUAUCUCUACGCUCUUCUUCCGUCGCCUCAGCUAUGAAAUCUUCCUCGUUCUCCACGUGCUUUUAGCAGUCUUCGUAAUCGUUGGAAUUUGGUAUCAUCUUGAGUUUGCAUUCAAAAGACGAUGGGGAUACGAGCAGUGGAUAUACGCAGCAUGUGCGGUGUGGUUCUUUGACCGUAUUUUGCGUGUUUCUCGGGUUUUGAAGAACGGGAUCCGGAGAGCGAAUGUCACAGAGAUUGGCGAUAACAUUGUCCGCGUUGAUAUCAAAAAUGUUCGAUGGGGCACGGAGCCUGGACAGCAUACCUACGCAUACUUUCCAACUCUAAAUCCUCUUCGCCCUUGGGAGAACCACCCAUUCUCUGUCAUUCCAACGGCCCUCCUUUCGUCCCCGAGCAAGAGUCCAAUAGAAUUCCCCGUCGAUCCCCUUCCCUCGAAGCAUUUGGGAUCCAACGACGAUAUCGAGAAGAUAGGCGCAGUCUCGAUCCUUACGCAAUCCACCCUAGGAGGAAAUACGGCAGGUGUGAGCCUCUAUGUGCGCAAGUCCGCAGGAUUGACCAAGGCGCUUGCGACAAACAGCUCACUGUUUACACUGCUUGAUGGCCCCUACCAAAAUAGCUCGCUCUCCGCUAUACUGAAGACUGAUCGGCUAGUGCUUAUCGCUGGUGGGAUUGGUAUCACGGCUGUUCUGCCUUUCAUUGCCCGUCAUCGAAAUGUGAAGCUGCAUUGGAGUGUUGCCAGCAAUUCGGAUGGUCUUGUAAAGGAUAUGGACGCUGUUUUGAAAACUGUCAAAGAGAGGGAUAUCAGAAUCGGAUCUAGGUUAAAUCUUGCAUCGCUUCUGGACGAUGAGGAAAUUGCGGGGUGGGCUAGAGUCGGUGUCGUUGUUUGUGGGCCUGGUGGACUGUGCGACGAUGUGAGGAAGUUGGUGUGUCACAAGGGACAAGCAGGCAAGACGGUAUGGGAAUUGGAUGUCGAAGCAUUCUCAUGGUAG